AUGUAUUCAUCUCUCGGCAUCACCAGGGAGCAGCUCUUCGGGGAUGUGUACUCCUCAUGGAUGCGUGACAUCUUCGAGAAGCCCAGCGAGGAGACGAGGCAGCUCUUCAACGACAUGGUUGAGGCCGGCUUCUCAACGGAGCGGCAGAUCGUCUUGAGCCGGCAGCGGCUUGGGGUAAACACGAUCCACAGCCUUGCCGCGCUUUUACACCGGACGCCGCUGACGAAGCUUGUGUUGAGCGGAAACGCGCUGCGGGAUGCCGGCUGCGAGGUCAUCGCCCGCCUCGUCGGGGAGCUCCCACAGCUCACCCACCUCGAUCUGGGGACGAGCGGCAUCGGCGCGGCGGGGGCCGCGGCCAUCGGCGUCGCCGUCGCCAACCACCGCAAACUCGCCGCCCUCAUUUUGGACUCGCAAUCGGGUGAUCCGUACGCGAAUCAAAUCACCCAGGCCGGCGCCACCGCGCUGCUCGAGGGGUGCGUGAGGUGCCAUACGCUGCGAACGCUGAACCUGAGCGGGAAUUGCUUCGCUGACAAGACGGAUGCUGCGAGGCCCACUGGCAUUGGCGGCGCGGCGUCCUCCUCCUCGACGGUUUUAAGUACUUCGGAGAGAAAAGGAGGGAGGGGGGCGGCCGACACCUCUUCCAUCGAUGAGAAGAUGACAUGGAAGGGAAGAAGUGUGAGCAGCUGGCAGGCGGGGAACGAGACGGCAUCUUCGGUAGCGGGCGAGCACGCAUCGGUGCGGUCGCCGGUGGAGCUGCUCGAGGAGCUCCUGCGGCAUUCCUCCCUCGACAAGCUCCGGCUUCGGAACGUCGGAUUGAGCGGCCCCGGGGCGCUACGCCUCAUCAGCGCGCUCCACGACAACUUCGCACUCACCGUGCUAGACAUCAGCAAUAACAAUCUACCGCCGGAGGUGGGCGACGCGAUUGGGAGUCUUCUGAUGGAGAGGACGAGCGUGAGGAAUCAACUUUCCUUGAAGGCGCUGUAUUUAAACGGGAACUACUUUUUCUCCCUUCCCUCUGCAGGCUCGAUGGAGCGGCAGGUGAUGUCUGCCUGCACGACGCGGCCGAGCAUCAUUGAGGAGGAAUACCGUAGCACGGCGAUACGCAGUGUGAGCUUUGCAGCCAUAUUGGGGUCAAGCCGAAAGACGUCGACAAUGCUCCUGCUAUCCGCCCUCUCACACGACCGCAUCUUGACGACGCUUGAGCUGGAUCGCUGUGGGAUCGAGUUGAACGCGAUCCGCACGCUUUGCCGCGCGCUGCUCAACAACACCACCUUGCAGUGCCUUAGUUUGCGCGAUAACAAAAUCUGCACGACGGCGGCGGUGGACCUCGGCCGGGUGCUCUGUCAUCACCACGCCCUACGGCGGUUGUGUUUGGCGGGGAACCGGAUCAAGGACGAGGGCGCCUGCGCGAUGGCGACGCUACUGCGGGUGGUGAGCUUGAACUCGGCUGAGGAGGCCCCCGGCGCCCCCUCUUCCACCUCCGCAUCUUCGCUUGAGGUUCUUGACCUACAGCGGACGUGGCUUUCGGACCGCGGCCUCAUUGCCCUCGGCGUCGCCCUCCGGCUGAACGAGACGCUGCGGGUGCUGCACCUCCAUGACAACUUCUUCACCGAUCAGAGCGGCGAGGCCUUCGCCGCGUUGGUGGAGGAGAACCACUCCCUCGUGCGCUGCCAACUCGGCUCCACCAGCGUCCCUUAUCCCGUGGUCGCGCGUGUGCAGCGGGUGAUGGAGCGGAACCGCCGAGCCCUCGAGCGAAGGGAGCAGGACGAGCUUAACCGCGAGGUCAUCGCCCUGCAUUACCAAAACUAUAAGCUCGAGGAGGCGAGGAUCGAGCUGGAGUCGAUGCAGUACAAAAGCAGCGAGCUCAAGCGGGCCUUGGAUCAGGUCGAGCUGCAGUGCAAGCAGGAUCAGUCGGAGUUCGCGAAGAAAUGCAACGAGCUGGAGGAGCACAUCAAGAACUACACCGACCAGGCAGCGAGAAUGAAGGAUGAGCGAGAGACCCUGGAAGCGGAUGCCAAGAAGGCAUCGGAAGAGUUUGAGGUGGAUAUGUCUGAAGCGAAAGGGAAGCUUGAGGCGGAGAUCAAACAGCGCGAGCAGGUCGAGGAAGAACACCGACGUGUGGCUCAGGAGUUGGAAUUCUGGAAGGGCAACCCACAGGAGCGGGAGGUCGCCAAGCAUGCGCAGUUGGAGCAAGCAAAAAAGGAGGCGCGGGAAUGGGAAUUACAGCGAAAGACGUACCGGGAGCAAAUUGAUGCCCUUAGUGUGAAGGUCCGCGCUUUGGAGGAGCGCGCUGCUACCAUUAAACCUUCCGGGAAAAAAGUUCCCGUGGGCCGUGGUAGAAAAGGGUCAACAAGUUCGAGGUCAAAGUCGAAGUUGAAGAAGACCAAGCGUGCAAGCUCUAAGAAGUAA